AUGUCGAUAAUCACGUUUCUCGAGACAAGGGAAUAUAGGGAGAAUCAUGAUCUAGGGCGUCACCAAUGGCUCGAUAAUCUAGACCUGCGCCCUGUACCGCAAAAUCGCCGUACUUACACUUGGAAAUCCUACUUCUGGUUUUGGAUCUCUGCCAAUGCUACUCCAGCCACGUUCUAUGGUGUAUCAGCCGCUCUAGCUGCGGGCUUGGGCCUUUGGGAAGCCUUGAUGUGCCAGUUAGGAGGACAAAUCAUGAUCGCAACGGUAUUUUGCUUCAACGGCAGGCCAGGUGCCGUCUAUCACAUUCCAUAUCCAGUUAUAGCACGGGCUUGUUUUGGUAUCUGGGGAGCCUACUGGCCCAUCUUCAACCGCAUCGUGAUGACAUUGGUCUGGACUGGGGUCAACGCGGUCCAGGGUGGCCAAUGUGCCUAUGUCCUGCUGCAUUCUAUCUUCCCGUCAAUUGCAAACAUUCCAGACGUUUUUCCUGAAGGCGUAUCAGCCCUCAAUUCAGGUGGAAUGAUCGGUUUCAUGGUGUUCUGGGUCGUGACUACAUCUCUGCUGCACAUUCAAAUCCCAGACCUACGACCGUACAUGUACACCAAAUUGGUUAUAUUUGCCGUCUGUAGUAUUGCUCUUUUGGUUUGGGCAUUGGUAGAAGCAGGAGGUCUUGGAAGUGUUGCUCGUCAGGGAAGCACAAUUUCCGGCAGUGCCAAAUCCUGGGCGAUUGCGCGAUACAUCUGGAUUUACUGCGCCAACGGUGCCACCUAUGCUACCAACGCAGCUGACUUUCUUCGUUAUGCCCGGAAGCCAAAAAAUGCUUGGUGGCCACAGCUCAUCGGUUUCCCACUCUCAACACUGAUUUACGGACUUGUUGGAAACCUCAUCGUCUCCAGUUCCGUUCUGAUAUUUGGAGAGCUUGUUUGGAACCCUAUUAAUCUUCUGGAUAUGCUUCUGGUCCAAGACUACAGUUCUGGCCGGCGCGCUGGUGUAUUCUUUCUAUCCCUGGGCUUCACAAUAUUCCUCUCAUCCAUCACCGGCGUCAUGCUUUGUCAAUACUUUCUCGUCUCGAAAGGUUAUUUACAAAUCCAGGAUUUCUACACAUCCAGUUCGACGGGCUUGUAUUACUACCGCAAGGGAUGGAACUAUCGUGCAUAUAUUGCGUACAUAAUCGGCAUUGCGCCCAACUUUUAUGGUUUCUUGGGAGUCUUCGGCGUCAACAUCACCGAGGCGGCGACUCGCAUGUAUUACUUUGCUUAUCCCGUCGGGCUCAUAUUGAGUUUUGGUUCGUACUAUGGUCUGUGCUGGCUGGAUCCUCCGCCAUUCUCGAAGAUAAAGGAACCUUGGCAAGAACCGGUAGACUAUUUUGAAGCCGACGAUAUCCUAGAUGGCAUCCCGACAGUUGAUGUGAAGGAGACCGUUGCUACAAGCACUAUAGGGACUAAGGAGGUUUGA